AUGACAUCUUUUGAGCCUCAAGGUCAGUCGCCUACUCGCUGUGGUCCCCAGUUUCCCAGCUUAGGACAAGAACCUCCAGAGCUCAGCUUAUACAGUGACAACUACUACCCUCCUCCGUCACUGCCGAGUCCUCAGAGGACAAACCCGACCUCCUAUGACCUUGGAGACUACACUACCUCUGCCCCUAAUCCCUACCUGUGGUUCAACAACCCUGGGAUCAACAGUACUCCGUACCUUGGAGGACCACCAGGACCUCCUGGUCCACCUUUUGUCCCUCAGCAUUAUGGCAUGCAGAGGCCCUACCUGGGUCCGGGGGGACCGGGAGGAGCUGGCGGAGAACUUGGUUGGUUCUCAAUGCCUUCUCAGGAGGACUUAAUGAAGCUGGUCAGGCCACCCUACUCUUAUUCUGCUCUUAUUGCCAUGGCAAUACAUGGGGCCCCAGACAGACGCCUGACUCUAAGCCAAAUCUAUCAGUAUGUAGCAGACAAUUUCCCGUUCUACAACAAGAGCAAGGCAGGCUGGCAGAACUCUAUCCGGCACAACCUCUCACUGAAUGACUGUUUUAAGAAGGUGCCACGAGAUGAAGAUGAUCCAGGCAAGGGCAAUUACUGGACCCUUGACCCAAACUGUGAGAAAAUGUUUGACAAUGGAAAUUUCCGUCGCAAGAGGAAGAGAAAGUCAGACAGUGUACCUGGAGAUGGCAGUUCAGGAGGAACACUUGGCUCAGAAUCAGGUGAAGGGAGUGGAAGGGCCAGCCCAAAAAACCCAGCGAUUGACAUUUCAGCCAUCCCAGAAAGAGGCCCCUCCCCUGCAUCCACAGGCCCCACCCCUUGUCUGAGCAGUUUUCUGUCAGAGAUGUCUUCAGUGACCGGCACUUCAGUGGAUAUUGGAGGUGACCCACUGAACCGCCCACUUCCUCUGAGCUUGCCGGUCGAUGGGUCACAGAGACCUUCGCAGUCAGCGGGCUUCAGCACCUACUCACCUGGCUCUACAGUACCAGAGUGGGCAUCUCCAUUGCCACCACCACCUCCCAUCUCCCCUUCAGCUUCCCAUUCUUCCCUAGGGUAUAAUAGCCCUGCCAUUAGCCAGUUCAGUGGGCACUUUUACCCUGGAUUGAGCUCGAGUGGUAUUCUUUACCCACGGGAGGGCACAGACGUCUAA